UGUCGGGGCAGUGGCUCCCGAGGGACAGGCAGCUCGGAGGUCCGAGUGUCGGGGCAGUGGCUCCCGAGGGACAGGCAGCUCGGAGGUCCGAGUGUCGGGGCAGUGGCUCCCGAGGGACAGGCAGCUCGGAGGUCCGAGUGUUGGGGCAGUGGCUCCCGAGGGACAGGCAGCUCGGAGGUCCGAGUGUCGGGGCAGUGGCUCCCGAGGGCCUAGGCGGGGCGCGGGCGCGCCAGUGCCACGGGCUGUCACCGAAUGGGCCGCUCCCCUGUGGUUGUCUUCCUUAUGUUUGAGAUUUCAUUUCUGGAAUCUCAUCUGGACAGUUUGGAGAAGGAAGGGUAUUGUGGCUUUGGCCAUUUGGCUCAAGGUGCAAUGUAAUGGCUGCAAAGUAACCUGUAAGGAAACUGGAUGAAUUUCUUAGUUUGACAGGCAUUUCCCCGCCUGACAUGCCCCCCACAACUUUGUCAAGCUGUGUCAAAAUAAGAGCAUUUGAGGCUUACAGUUCUAAGCUCUUUAGUAUCCUUCUUAGUGAAGAUACUGUGAAAUACAAAGUAUUGAAUGAGAACUCCUUGUAUUAAUACAAAGGUUCUGAGUUUAAGUUUCUUGGUACAAGGAAACCAGGAACAGUCCUUACUUUUCAUUGCAAGAAUCUUAACCACUACUUCACUAAUCUGAGACCCAAAAUAGAAAUUGUUUCUUACACAUGUGGAUGUGGGGGAGACACAGCUAUGGAUGAGGGGUAAAGGGAGAAGAAAUGGGAUUUUUUUUUUUUUUUUGCAGUUUUUGUCCGGGUCCGGGUUUGAACCCACCACCUCCAGCAUAUUGGGGCCAGCGCCCUACUCCUUUGAGCCACAGGCGCCAUCCAAUUGUUUUCUUUUUUUUUUUUUUUUUUUUUGAGACAGAGUCUCACUACGUCACCCUUGGUCAAGUGCUGUGCAGUCACAGCUCACAGCAACCUCAAACUCUUGGGCUUAAGCGAUUCUCUUGCCUCAGUCUCCCAAGUAUCUGGGAUUAUAGGCCCCUGCCACAGCGUCCGGCCAUUUUUUGUUGUUGUUGCAGUUGUCAUUGUUGUUUAGCUGGCCGGGGUUGGAUUCGAACCCAUCAGCAUUGGGUGUAUGUGGCCGGUACCCUACCCACUGAGCUAUAGGUGCUGCCAGAAAUGGGAUUUAUUUAUUUUUUGCAGUUUUUGGCCGGGGCUGGGUUUGAACCCACAGCCUCUGGCAUACCAGUGCCCUACUCCUCUGAGCUACAGGUGCCGCCCGGGACUUUUUUUUUUUUUUUUGAGACAGAGUCUCCAGCUGUUCUCUGGGUAGAAUGCCAUGAUGUCAUAGCUCACAGCAACCUGCAAUUCUUGGGCUCAAGCGAUCCUCUUGAUUUUUAGUAGAGAUGGGGUCCAACUUUCUGCUCAGACUGGUCUCAAACCUGUGAGCUCAAACAAUGCACCUACCUUGGCCUCCCAAAGUGCUAGGAUUACAGGCAUGAGCCACCACGACUGACCAGAAAUGGAAUUCUUUUGUUUUCUGAACAAACAGUAUGCAAUUGGAACAAAUGACGUGUUGCCUAUCUCCUUCCAUCUUAGCCAGCGAGCUGUAUUCUUUUUUUGUACUGAUAUUUGUUUAGUAUUUGCAAUGAUUAGGAAAAGGAAUAACCUCUAACAAGACAUUUUCUCUCUCUCUUUUUUUUUUUUGCAGUUUUUGGCUGGGACCAGGUUUGAACCCACCACCUCUGGUAUAUGGGGCCAGCGCCCCACUCCUUGAGCCACAGGCGCUGCCCAAGACAUUUCUCUUUAAUGAGGCCACAAAGGGGCGACUGACUGUGCCUUAUGUGGAAUUAACCCUGGGGUUUGGUUUUCAGUUAAGAAAAUGAGGCAGAUGGAAGCGUUAACCAAGACCUUCCAAGGCCCUGCUGUUGUCUGCAGGACUCCCACCAGCCAUGUUUACAUGUUUAAGAAUGGUAGUGGGGACUCAGGGGACUCCUCUGAGGAAGAGUCACACCCUGUGGUUCUGAGACCCAGGGGCAAGGAACGCCAGAAGAGCCGUACCCACCAUCCGCACCAGCCGGGAGCAGGCGAUGUGGUGCUACUGCAGCGGGACUUGGCCCAGGGGGACAGCCUCAACAAGCUGGCUCUGCAGUAUGGCUGCAAAGUUGCAGAUAUCAAGAAAGUCAAUAACUUCAUCAGAGAACAGGAUUUGUUUGCUUUGAAAUCUAUUAAGAUUCCAGUGAAAAACCACGGGAUCCUAACAGAGACCCACAAAGAACUGAAACCCCUCCCCAGCCCGUCUUCCGAGACCAAAGUGACUAUGGAACCGCCUGAUCCAGACAGAGAAGCUGCAGGAUCUGAUGCCCAACCCAGCCGACUGACAGAUUUCUUUAAGGGAAUUGACCAGAACAUUGAGCAUGCAGUGCAAUCAGAAAUGUUUUUGCAAGAAAGUUGCUACAUCGAGACCUCUGAUCUGCCUCUGCUCCCACCUCCUCCAAAGACACAGACAAGUGGUGCAGAUUGUGGAAUUCAGUGGUGGAAUGCUGUUUUCAUCAUGCUCCUAAUUGGGGUUGUUUUGCCAGUCUUUUAUUUAAUUUAUUUUAAAAUACAAGCUACUAGCGAGACCCCUAAUAACUUGAACACAACUGUUGUCUCCAAUGGCUCCAUGGCAGUAGGUACAGUUCGAGGGCAAGCCCCCAGACUAGUGAUUCCAGUGCCAACUGUCACCUCUUCAGACAGCCAGUUCAGUCAGACCGCCCACACGGGGAACUAAGCUGUUGUUUUUCAAGAAUCAGCCCAGCUUUAGCAGUUGGCUCUUGUGUAUGUCAGCUGUCAUCAGCCUUGUCCUAAAGCAGCUGGAUUUCAUUUGCUGGGACAGAUGGACAUGUUGGAGAAGUCACCACAGUGUCUCAGUCACACUGGCCCUGGAAAGGCUGCACGACCUAGGACACCAGGGCCCUCAGCCUCUCAGAACCAGGAAGGUGCAGCAAGAGCCAUUUACAUGUAACACAGGGCUGUUUCUUGAAGACAUUUAGUGGGCUGGCUGAGAGUGUGUUCAUGGCAGUCCUGUGUGGGCCCCCAUGUUGGAUGUGCUUGUGGAGAAGGGGUGGCCUCGGCCAAGGGACCCAUAGCAUGGGAGCCUCUGGGGUAGGCAUGGGGCGCCUGGCGGUUGUAGUUUCCCACCUGCUUGAGGAGUAGGGACUGGCUCUAGGAAGUAAUGUGCUGUGUGACUCUGGCAAAAGUGCUGUGGAAUAGUCUUGGUGCUACCCUGUUUUAAAGAGUGACAAAUUACAGUUGUAACGAGCCCUACUUCAUGUUUGCCUCAUCAGCCUUUUUGAGACGAUGCCAUUUCUAGAGCUGAAACAGCCCACAUUCAAACUGCUGUACUAUUAAAGGAGUAGCAGCUCUAUUCCUUGUGCUUUGGAGCUGCAUGCAGCCAUGUCGUAAGCUGAACAGCCAGGGCCAUUGCCUAGUGCCACACUAGGAGCCUUCCCCGGCUGGGCCACCUGCAUUCUCCAAGUCCGCAUUCUUGGAAGGAGCUCUUGCUGCCCAGCGUCAGGAGAGAAGGGGGAGCGCCUGUCACAGAGCUUUCGACAUGUGCACGUGAGGCUGAGCAGUUGCCAGCGCUCACUCUGCCAUUGAGGACCACAGGUUUCUCUAACCUCUGCCACGGCGACUUCACCAGACAUGGUACAGCUUCCCAUGAGGAAAAAUCACUUUGCCAGGCAAAGUAUGAAUGUCUGUAUCCUUUACUUUUCUCAAAUGGAAUAAAAUCAUUUCUUCUG